AUGAGACUGUACCUGUACUACGUGAUAGUGCUUGGGUCCAGUUUUGUGACUUCGACUUACGGGCCCCAUCAGAGAGCACAAAAGACUGGAGACAUUUUACUCGGAGGUCUUUUCCCCAUUCACUUUGGUGUUGCAUCCAAAGAUCAAGACCUGGCAGCUCGGCCAGAAUCCACACAAUGUGUCCGGUUCAAUUUCCGUGGGUUUCGAUGGCUCCAAGCUAUGAUUUUUGCAAUUGACGAGAUUAACAACAGCAGCACAUUACUGCCCAACAUCACUUUGGGCUACAGGAUUUUUGACACAUGCAACACUGUGUCAAAGGCUUUGGAAGCAACCCUUAGCUUUGUUGCCCAGAACAAGAUCGACUCCCUGAAUUUAGAUGAGUUUUGUAACUGCACUGAUCACAUUCCAUCGACCAUUGCAGUUGUCGGAGCUGCUGGAUCUGCAGUCUCUACAGCAGUUGCAAACUUGCUGGGUCUCUUUUAUAUUCCUCAGAUCAGCUAUGCCUCCUCCAGCCGUCUCCUGAGCAAUAAGAAUCAGUACAAAUCCUUCAUGAGAACCAUCCCCACAGAUGAAUACCAGGCCACAGCCAUGGCAGACAUCAUUGAGUACUUCCAGUGGAACUGGGUUAUUGCUGUUGCCUCAGAUGAUGACUACGGACGCCCAGGAAUUGAAAAGUUUGAAAAUGAAAUGGAAGAGCGAGACAUCUGCAUCCACCUGAAUGAACUUAUUUCUCAGUACUUUGAGGAUCAUGAGAUCAAAGCUCUUGCUGACAGAAUUGAGAACUCCUCAGCUAAAGUGAUAGUUGUUUUUGCCAGUGGCCCAGAUGUUGAGCCGCUAAUCAAAGAGAUGGUCAGGAGAAACGUCACAGAUCGCAUUUGGCUUGCCAGUGAAGCUUGGGCAAGCUCCUCUCUUAUUGCUAAACCAGAAUAUUUAGAUGUUGUUGCAGGAACCAUUGGUUUUGCCUUAAGGGGAGGGCAUAUACCCGGCUUUAGAGAGUUCUUACAACAUGUCCAACCAAAGAAGGACAGUCAUAAUGAGUUUGUCAGAGAGUUUUGGGAAGAAACCUUCAACUGCUAUCUGGAAGGCAGUCCAAGACUUCGAGAAAGUGAGAAUGGCAGUACUACGUUCAGGCCUUUGUGUACUGGUGGGGAGGAUAUCACAAGUGUUGAGACCCAAUACCUGGACUACAAACAUCUCAGAAUCUCCUACAAUGCCUAUGUAGCAGUUUGUUCAAUCGCUCAGGCUCUGCAGGACAUACUCACCUGCACUCCUGGACAUGGGCUUUUUGCUAACAAUUCCUGUGCAGAUAUCAAGAGCAUUGAAGCGUGGCAGGUGCUGAAGCAGCUCAGACAUUUGAACUACACCAACAGUAUGGGUGAAAAGAUGCACUUUGAUGAGAAUGCAGACCUGGCGGCAAACUAUACCAUCAUUAACUGGCACAGAUCUACAGAGGAUGGCUCUGUGGUCUUUGAGGAGGUUGGAUUUUACAGCAUGCAUGCCAAGAGAGGAGCCAAACUGUCCAUUGACAAAACAAAGAUUCUCUGGAAUGGACAAAGAUCAGAGGUGCCAUUCUCUAACUGCAGUGAGGAAUGUGAGCCUGGCACGAGAAAGGGGAUCAUUGACAGCAUGCCCACAUGCUGCUUUGAGUGUACCGAGUGCUCAGAUGGAGAGUAUAGUAAUUAUAAAGACGCAAGCAUUUGCACAAAAUGCCCAAAUACCUCCUGGUCAAAUGGGAACCACACAUUCUGUUUUCUGAAAGAAAUUGAGUUUCUUUCCUGGACUGAGCCCUUUGGAAUAGCUUUGGCCUUAUGUGCUGUCCUCGGUGUUGUCCUAACAGCCUUUGUGAUGGGAGUCUUUGUCAGAUUUCGCAACACUCCAAUAGUGAAGGCCACAAACCGAGAACUGUCCUACGUCCUCCUUUUCUCACUUAUUUGCUGCUUCUCAAGCUCUUUAAUUUUCAUCGGAGAGCCGCGGGACUGGAUGUGCCGUUUACGUCAACCCGCCUUUGGGAUUAGCUUUGUCCUCUGUAUUUCCUGCAUCCUUGUGAAAACGAACAGAGUGCUUUUGGUGUUUGAGGCAAAGAUUCCAACAAGUCUCCAUCGUAAAUGGUGGGGAUUAAAUCUGCAGUUUCUUUUGGUGUUCUUGUGCACGUUUGUCCAAGUCAUGAUCUGUGUGGUGUGGCUUUACAAUGCCCCUCCUUCGAGCUACAGGAACUAUGACAUCGAUGAGAUCAUCUUUAUCACAUGUAACGAAGGAUCUGUGAUGGCUCUUGGCUUUCUCAUUGGCUAUACUUGCCUCUUGGCAGCUAUAUGUUUCUUCUUUGCGUUUAAGUCACGGAAUCUUCCAGAGAACUUCACAGAAGCCAAGUUCAUCACAUUUAGCAUGCUUAUAUUCUUUAUUGUUUGGAUCUCGUUCAUCCCUGCAUACUUCAGUACUUAUGGCAAGUUUGUCUCAGCUGUGGAGGUCAUUGCUAUACUGGCAUCCAGCUUUGGAUUGCUGGCCUGCAUUUUCUUCAACAAGGUGUACAUCAUCCUUUUCAAGCCGUCCAGAAACACCAUAGAGGAGGUUCGGUGUAGUACAGCGGCUCACGCUUUCAAAGUGGCAGCUAAAGCUACAUUAAAACAUAGCAUAGCUUCAAAGAAAAAGUCUAACAGCAUCGAUGGGUCUUCAGGCUCCAGUCCAUCCUCAUCAAUCAGCCUCAAGACCAACGGCAACGACUGCGACCCGGCUUCAGGGAAGCACAGGCCGAGGGUGAGCUUCGGCAGUGGAACAGUGACUCUGUCCUUGAGCUUUGAGGAGUCCAGAAGGAGUUCUCUAAUGUAA